UAAUGAGCAUUAUGAUGGGUACCUUCGAUUAUACUAAUUUGGAAUACGGUAGUCCUACAUUAGGUCCAAUUUUUUUCAUUUCAUAUAUAGCGCUGGUUUAUUUUAUACUAAUGAAUAUGUUUUUGGCUAUUAUAUUUGAUACUUAUAAUACAAUUAAAAAUGAUAUUAAGUCAGGACCAAGAGAAUUAAAUACUUACCUGUCUAAUGCUAUGAAAAAGUUAAGACAGAGAAUGUUAACGAACAGAAAGAGACAACAAGAAGUAACAACAGUAUUGAAUGAAUCCACUGAAGUAGUUGCUGAACCAAAACCCACAUCGGUGGAUCAGAAUACAACCCAUCAACCAACUAAUGAACCGUCGAAUAUGACUGAAAGUUUUGUUGUAAGAGAGUAUUUUGAAAAUUAUAUAAGGGAUGAAGAAAGACGAAAAAUUAUUAAUUUAGCAAAUCGUAUAGACUUACUCGAAGAUGUUAUUAAAAAAUUAUCUGUAGAUGUGGAGGAACUACUGAAAAAAGUUAAAUCAAAACAACGAUCUCGAUCCUAAUGACCUCUGUUAUUAUUCUUCAGUUUUAAUAAUACGUACUAUUAUUAUCAUUUGUUGAAGU